UAACAAACAAAGCAACAAACCUUCACUGGGCGAGCUGUCAUUCCAAACGUUGAUAAUGGAGUGAGAGAGGGAGAUGUUCUGUAAUCCUCCUUAAUCUUCUUAUCUGACCCGCCAUCAUGAACAUCAAGCACCUCAAGAACAUCCUCCCGCCCCAGGACGGGGCUGCCAAGAUUACAGCGCUGGCCUGGUCCCCCAACAAUGUGAAGCUGGCGGUGGCCACAGCAGAGAGGGUGGUGCUGCUGUUUGACGAGCAGGGGGAGAGAAGGGACAAGUUCUCAACCAAGCCAGCAGACCCCAAGUAUGGCAAGAAGAGUUACCUGGUGAAAGCCAUCGCCUUCUCCCCGGACAGCACUAAGAUUGCGAUUGGACAGACAGACAACAUUAUAUAUGUGUACAAGAUUGGUGAGGACUGGGGCGAGAAGAAGGUGAUAUGCAACAAGUUCGUGCAGUCAUCUCAGGUGACAUGCCUGGCCUGGCCGUUUGAGGGGCCAAUUAUCUUCGGCCUGGUGGAGGGGAAGGUGCGCGCCGCCAACAUCAAGACAAAUAAAUCCCAAACACUCUUCCAAACGGACUCCUAUGUGGUCUCUGUCACUCCAAACUUGCGAGGGACGGCCUUCCUCUCGGGUCACGCUGACGGGUCAAUAGUGCGCUUCUAUGUGGCAGACGACCCCUACCCAGAGCCACAGGGCAAGAUCAUCUCCCACCCAGUGCCGCCGUACUCUGUGGCAUGGAGCAGCAGCAGCAUUGUGGUGGCGGGCAGUGACAAGCGUGUGGUCAUGUACACCAAGAUGGGCAAGAUUCACCAGCAGUUUGAUUAUAGCCGUGAUGCUUCUGAGAGAGAGUUCUCCUCCAUCGUCACCAGUCCCAGCGGCCAGGCUCUCAUUGUGGGCAGUUAUAACAGGAUUCGUAUCUUUGACUUCAACACGUCUCGGGGAAUGUGGGAGGAGAGAGGCACGAGGGAGUUUGACGGCAUCUACACCAUCACCUCGCUGGCCUGGAAGAGGGACGGCUCGCGACUCGUGUGUGGGACGCUGUGUGGGGCUGUGGAGAUGUUUGACUCGGUGCUCAGGCGGUCGGUGUGGAAGAACAAGUGGGAGAUGACCUAUGUUGGGCCGUCACAGGUUUUGGUGAAGCCUCUGGCCGGGUCGGGGCCGUUUGGAAGCCGAGGAGUCAUCCUGAGGUCACAGUAUGGCUUCGAGAUACACGAUGUCAGGAUAAUGGGGAAAGACCGUUACCUGGUGGCGCGGACCAAUGAGACACUGCUGCUGGGGGAUCUGCACAGGAACCUUCUGAGUGAGGUACACUGGGCGGUGGAGCCAGGCACUGAGAAAUUCUACUUUGACAACGAGAACGUGUGUAUGAUCUUCAGUGCUGGUGAACUGUCCUUGGUGGAGUAUGGCAACAAUGACCUGCUGGGCUCUGUGCGGACGGAGUUUAUGAAUCCUCACCUGAUCAGUGUGCGGCUUAACGAGAGGAGGCAGAGAGGUGUGGAUGACAACAAGAAGAUGGCCUACCUGCUGGAUCUCAAGACCAUUUGCAUAGUUGACCUUACAUAUGGCCUAACGCUGGGCCAGGUGACACACGACUCGCGCAUUGACUGGCUGGAGCUGAAUGAGACCGGGUCACAGCUGCUGUUCCGGGACAAGCGACUCAGACUGAUGCUUGUCAGUGUGGCCUCACUCAACAAGUCAACCAUUCUUAACUACUCUACGUUUGUCCAGUGGGUGCCGGGCAGUGACGUGGUGGUGGCACAGAGCCGGGAGCAGCUGUGUGUGUGGUACAACAUCGACACACCAGAGAGAGUCACCACCUUCCACAUCAAGGGCGAGGUGACGGAUGUGGAGCGUGUGGAUGGACGGACGGAGGUGAUAGUGCAGGAUGGGGUGCAGGAGCUGUCGUACGCACUGGAUGAAGGGCUGAUUGAAUUUGGCACUGCUAUUGAUGACGGCGACUACCUGAGGGCCAUGAAUUACUUAGAGACACUGCCACUCACCGCAGAGGCCGAAACUAUGUGGAGAACCCUAGGACGUCUCACUCUGGAGGGACGGCACUUGUACAUUGCCGAGAGGUGUUUUGCAGCGCUGGGUGAGGUGUCCAAGGUGCGCUACUUGCAGGGCAUCAACCAAAUUCGCGAGUUGGUACAGGAUCAGACAGGAGAGGAGGGCAUGGAUCACUAUGAGGUGCAGGCCAGACUAGCCAUCCUGGAACAGCAGUUCAAGACAGCCGAGAGCAUUUACCUGGACAACAACCAGCUGGAUGCCGCCAUGGAGAUGUACCAAGACCUGCACAAGUGGGAUGAAGCGGUACAGUUGGCGGAGAUCAAGGGUCACCCAGAUGUGGAGUCACUGCGGCGGGCACACACACAGUGGCUGCUGGACACACACCAGGAGGAGCGUGCCGGCCAGCUCAAGGAGGCCGAGGGGGACUUCUCAGCCGCCAUCAACAUGUACCUCAAGGCUGGAAUGCCCGCCAAGGCCUCCAGGCUAGCCACCAGCGUCACAGAGCUACGCGAGGACCCUGAGAUGAUUUCCCGCAUUGCCACCGCCCUCCUGAAGGCCGACCUCUUUGAGCAGGCCGGGGAACUGCAUGAGAAGGUCGGGCAGCAACAGAAGGCACUGGAGAGUUACCGCAAAGGCCACGCGUACUCUAGGGCGGUGGAGCUGGCCAGGCACAUGUUCCCCUCAGAGGUGGUGCAGCUGGAGGAGGAAUGGGGGGAUGAAUUGCUAGCCAACAAACAAGCAGAUGCAGCCAUCAGUCACUUCAUUGAGGCUGGCCGCACCAUCAAGGGUCUGGAGGCGGCCAUUGCAGCCAGGCAGUGGAAGAAGGCCAUGCAUAUUAUUGAGGUGAUUGAUGACGAGGAUGCCCUGAAGCCUCACCUGAUGAAGCUCGGCCAACACUUUGCCUCCCUCAAUGACCUGCAGAAGGCGGAGUAUUUCUACCUGAAAGCUGGCAUGUACAAUGAAGCCAUCACUAUGUAUAACCAGGCAGGGGAGUGGGAGAGGGCACACCAGCUGGCCAGUAAGUACAUGGGCGCUGACAAGGUGGCGGUGAUGUACGUGAACCAGGCACAAGUGUUGGAGGAGCAGGGCAAGUUUAGGGAGGCAGAGAAGUUGUAUAUAUCUGUCCAUGAGCCUGACCUUGCUAUCACCAUGUACAAGAAGCAGAGGCAGUUUGAUCAGAUGAUGCGUCUUGUGAAGGAGUACCAUUCAGACCUGGUUCAGUCCACCCACCUACACUUGGCCUCACAGCUGGAGCAGGAGGGGAAUUACCACGACGCAGAGAAGCACUAUAUUGCCGCCGAUGACUGGAAGGCUGCCGUCAACAUGUACCGGGGUGUUGACAUGUGGGAGGAGGCAUAUAGGGUGGCCAAACAGCAAGGUGGGGCCAGUGCAGGUAAACAGGUAGCCUUCCUGUGGGCGAGGACGCUAAGAGGUGAUGCGGCCGUAAAGCUUCUCAACAAGUUCGGCCUCCUGGAGCAGUGUAUUGACUAUGCCUGUGAGAGUAUGCAGUUUGAGUUUGCCUUUGAGUUGUCUCGCAUCGCCAUGAAGCAGAAGUUGCCUGAGAUCCACUACAAGUAUGCCAUGGCGCUGGAGGACGACGGCAAGUACAGGGAGGCAGAGGCAGAGUUCAUACAGGCCGACAAACCCAAGGAGGCCGUGCUCAUGUAUGUACACGCGCAGGACUGGGAGAGUGCUCAGCGGGUGGCGGAGGCGCACGACCCAGACUCUGUUGGGGACGUGUUGGUGGGGCAGGCCAAGGUGUCCUUCACAGAGAGGGACUACCCCCGGGCUGAGGCACUGCUGCUCAGGGCUCAGCGGCCGGAACUGGCAGUCAAGUUCUACAGGGACAGCAACCAGUGGACGGAGGCGCUGCGUGUGUGCAAGGAGUACCUUCCCCACAAACUGAGCGCCCUGCAGGAUGAGUAUGACCGCACCGUCCUCAGCAAGGGUUCCCAGGAUGCUCAGGGCCUCCUCCGCCAGGCUAGACAGUGGGAGGAGUCUGGGGAGUAUGGCCGGGCAGUGGACUGCUAUCUGAAGCUGACGCCAAACAUGAGCAGUGACAUCAAUCUGCUGGAGAAGGCGUGGAGCAAGGCAGGGGAGCUGGCCGUGAAGUUCUUGCCAGAGGAGAAGGCUGACAAUGUUGCAAAGAUGUUAGGUCCCCGUCUUCUGGAGAUUAAGAGAUACACGGCAGCAGCUCAGAUGUUCCUGGCGGGCGACCUGGUGAAGGAGGCCAUUGAUGCGUUCAUAACAGGUCAUGAGUGGAGCAAAGCCAAGAAGGUCGCCAGUGAGUUUGACCCGAGGUAUGAGUCGUAUGUGGACUCUGCCUACAAGGAUUUCCUGAAGAACGAGGGAAAGGCAGAGGCACUGGCAGAUGUGGACUUGACGGGUGCUCUGGACAUGUAUGUGGAGAGUGGCCAGUGGUCCCGUGCCCUGGAGACAGCCGCCUCACACGGCCCACAGCUGCUGCACAAGUAUCUGGCCCGCUAUGCCUCCUCCCUCAUCAAGGAUGGACAGGCGGUGGAGGCGCUGGCUCUCUACAAGCAGUACGGGGCGCCUCCCUUUGCUCAGAACUUCAACAUCUACCGACGCCUUGUGUUGGACCUUAUGAGCCUCCACCAGCUCUGUGCCCCCCAAGCCUACCACACCUGGGCCGACCUGCGUGACAUCCUCCUCUCCCUUGUUGAUAAUCUCCGCCAGCACGAGGAUACUGAUGGCGUCCUGGCAGAGUUUGAGUUGCUGCUGCUCCUGGCUCACUAUCUGGCUGCCCGCUCAGCUUACAUGGCCACACAACAGCUGGAGAACCUGUCCGCCAAGGUGUCUGUGUCUGUGCUACGCUACACACACAUCCUCCCCGCUGACAAGGCUUUCUAUGAGGCGGGAAUGGCUUGCAAGGAAGUUGGCUGGAAGAACAUGGCAUUUGUGUUCCUGAAUCGCUUCCUGGACCUGUGUGAGGCUAUAGAGGAGGGCUCGCUGGAUUCCCUUGACCACACGGACUUCAUUGACACAGACAUCCCUUAUGAGAUCCCCCUCCCUGACACCCUGUCCAUCCCAGAGCCCUUGAGGGAGGAGGCCAAGGAGUGGGUGCUGGCAGUGUCCAUGGAUCAGCAGGUGGAACAGGUUCUACCAAUGGAUGAACGGAUGGUGUAUGAGGCGUCACUGAUGGGCAGCGACGGUACCAGUGCCCCGCCCUGCGUCAUCUCCGGCUACCCUGUCAUUCGUAACCGCCUGGACCUGAAGCGCGGACAGGCAGCCAACAAGGAGGACUGGAACAAGCUGGUGAUGGCAACCAAGAUGGCAAGCACUCCCGAGUGUCAGGACGUGCUAAAGUUCAUCACUGCUUGGUGUGGCGGCCUCCCCAUGGGAUACAACUUCCAGUGAGGCAGUGGCAGCAGCGGGUAAGGAAUGGAGUGUUGUACAAGUAAGGAAAGAUGGAGGAGAUAUUGAAAUGGUUUUGGAGGUUGUGGGGAAAUAAUGAAAUGUUUUAGAAGUGAGGAAA